AAAUAAAUAAAAGUACCUCGCAGGGUUUUUAUGAGGAUGAAAUAAAUGAGAUAACAUGAAAAGUAACAGUGCCUGGGACAUACUGGGUGCUGAGAAUGUGUUAUUGCUGUGAGGAUUAAAGUGGGAAAGUGCGAUGGUAGCUAUGGCUAGCUUAGAGGCUCUCCACCUGCUGCAGGUGCUCUGACAGCCCCACAGUGUGCUUGCAGAAGGGAUUCUUGAUCCCUUCACCCUCCUUCCCUGUUGAGGUAGGAUUGUCUUUGCAAAGGGAACCAAGGGUCCCCCUCUAGUUGUUUUAUGGGUCAGUCAGGGUCAGGGUACGGAGGGAACUCUAGCAGCUGGUUUUUGGAGAUCGAUCCUCUCUCAUUGUGGCGAGACCCAAGGCUGGUGGCUGGAGAUCCUCUUUCUGCCUUAUGUGGAACAGACAGGGCGCCCUCUCCUGAUCAAAGGCGGGAACAGCACUAGGUCAGAGUUUCUGGGAUGGGCCUCACCGGGUCUCGCUGCCUGCAAAGGUGAUGGAACGCAGCUGAGAGGUAAGGCGACAAGGAGGCCUAUCCAACAUGCUAAACCCAGGUGUCCAGAGCCCUUCCUGCUGCCCUCACACAGCCGAAAUUAUUGGGGGCAGACUCGGGCUAUAGAGCAUGGCUAGAGGACACGCCAGAUUUAGGGGGAGAGCCGGGGGGUCGGGGGUCUCCAGAAGCGGGGAGGAGCCAGCGGAGGAUCCGGGUGCAGUUUCCUCUCUAAGUUCCGCCCCGAGAGCGCCGGCCCCGCCCCCGCCGUUCGCGCUCCGACCAGCCCGCGGAGGCAGCCCUCGACCCCGGCCCUCCCGGGACCCCGGGUUCCGCCGGCAAUCUCGUCACUGCCGCCUCGGUCUGACAAGAUGUACCAGGUCCCACUGCCACUGGACCGGGAUGGGACCCUGGUACGGCUCCGCUUCACCCUGGUGGCCCUGGUCACGGUCUGCUGUCCACUUGUCGCCUUCCUCUUCUGCAUCCUCUGGUCCCUGCUCUUCCACUUCAAGGAGACAACGGCCACACACUGUGGGGUGCCCAAUUACCUGCCCUCGGUGAGCUCCGCCAUCGGCGGGGAGGUGCCCCAGCGCUACGUGUGGCGUUUCUGCAUCGGCCUGCACUCAGCACCUCGCUUCUUGGUGGCCUUCGCCUACUGGAACCACUACCUCAGCUGCGCCUCCCCGUGUUCCUGCUACCGCCCGCUCUGCCGCAUCAACUUCGGCCUCAAUGUCGUGGAGAACCUCGCGUUGCUAGUGCUCACUUACGUCUCCUCCUCUGAGGACUUCACCAUCCACGAAAAUGCUUUCAUUGUGUUCAUCGCCUCAUCCCUCGGGCACAUGCUCCUCACCUGCAUUCUCUGGCGGCUGACCAAGAAGCACACAGUAAGUCAGGAGGAUCGCAAGUCCUACAGCUGGAAACAGCGGCUCUUCAUCAUCAACUUCGUCUCCUUCUUCUCGGCGCUGGCUGUCUACUUUCGGCACAACAUGUACUGUGAGGCUGGAGUGUACACCAUCUUUGCCAUCCUGGAGUACACUGUUGUCCUAACCAACAUGGCGUUCCACAUGACGGCCUGGUGGGACUUCGGGAAUAAGGAGCUGCUCAUAACCUCUCAGCCUGAGGAAAAGCGAUUCUGAACCCUUCAAUCCUGCUUGGGAGGCAGCCCACUGCCCAGAAACAAGAAACAAGAUACCAUUCUGGCCUUCCCCACCCCACAUCCUCUCUUGGCCUUACUGAAGAUGGGGGAAGGGUAAGAAGGGCAUAGGCCAAGGCUCACCCCAGUGCUGCUGGCUUCUCUCCACCCCUCAUAUGGGCAUAGAGGUCCUCAAGCAACAUCACCUUUACCUGAGAGGCCCCAAGAAGCUCAGCUGAGCUGGCAGAGCGCCCCAACAUUUGGUGCUAAAAAAAUGUCCUGAGGUUCAUGACCACCAUCCAGUUUCUGGCCUUUACAUAGCUACCUUUCACUAAGGUCAGGAGCCCCUGAGCAGUGGCUGCUCCCUGACAACCACAGCCAUUUCUUUCCACGGGGUCAUUCACAUGACUACUGUAUUUCAUGAUCUACUGCACACAUCCAGGCCUGUGGCCACAGUCCCCUGCUAAAGCUGCUCAGGUGUUCCAGUCCUGACUUUACCCUUUUGAUUUGGUAUGUGCCCUAGGGUAUGUACCCUUCCCUAUCGAAGCAUCAGCAUGUCCAUGUGUCUGAUGGGGGAUGGGUGGGCUGUAUGAUUUCCAAUACCAGUCUGGGGUUCUGAUGUCAUCGGGUGGAGGUGGUGGUGUAUACCUAAAGGAUGACCUGCUACAGAAAAAGCACCAGCACAGCAUGUAUUUUCUUCUCUCUUCUGAAACUUCUGGCUUACAGACCCCUUCCCUCCUUUGAAAGGUAUGGCAUAGAGGAGUCAGAUGCAGAUCCUUACCCUAAAAUGGGCUCCCUGGUAUCUCCUGUCUUCCCUACUGCUCCAAACCCUAAGUUUUGGUUGUGCAUUUUAAAGGAAAAUAAAUUUUUUAUUUUAUUU